AUGAUCCGUGAAGCCGUGAUGACUGGACACGGAGGGGAUUUGCCUUCGUUGGAUUACGGCCUCGGCCUAUGCCGCCCCGCCGUGGGCUAUGCUGAAGCGGCCACGCGGCGUCUUUGGCUGGAGGAGCGUGACCCGGCGAUGGCCAAAGCAGUGAUCGCAGCACUGGAGGGUCGACCCUGUCGUGUCCUCUUCGGCGACGCGAUCAACGAGCCGAAGCAGCGGGCCGUGCUGCAGGUGGGCUGCUGCCAUGUAGAGGGCAUUGUAGCUGCCCUCCAGCGUGAAGGCUAUGAGGCGCUCGCGGAGCCUUCGGGUGGUUGGCCCUCUCUGCAGCCUCUCAAGUCCAAGGCCAGUGCCGCUGCGGCUGCCGCGAGGAGCAGCCCCGACGGAGCGCUCCCCGGUCGCCGCGCAGCACGACGCACAGCACGCGGACGCGGCGGCUUCGCGUGA